UGUAGAAGAGGAGAAAUUAGUUGACAUGAGUACACUGUUGUCAAAUAGUAAGCUAGAAUUGAAGAUGUCGAAAAAGGUUGUGCUAGACAGGAAGCCUACUACUGUCAAGGAGCUGUUUGAUACAGGCUUGGUUGAUGGGAUAACAGUGAUUUACAUGGGUAGCAAGAAGGCAUUUGGUCUGCGGGGCACAAUAAGAGAUGGAGGGAUUUUGUGUUAUUGCGUAUCUUGCAAUGGCUGCAGAGUCAUUCCACCAUCUCAAUUCGAGAUUCAUGCUUGUAAAACGUACAGACGAGCAGCACAAUAUAUUUGCCUUGCGAAUGGAAGGAGUCUUCUUGAUCUUUUGAAGGUGUGCAGAAAUGCUUCUCUGCAUGCAUUGGAGGCAACAAUUCAGAAGUUCAUCAAUUCUUCACCAAUAGACAAAUAUUUCACUUGUCAAAAAUGCAGUGUGUCUUUUCCUCCAUAUUGUGCCGUGGAAGAUGGAUCUCUUUGCUAUUCGUGCAUGGAGUCAGACAAUCCUGGAUGGAGCCCAUCGAAGGAAGCUAGUAAAAGUCUCAGAGCUUUGUUGCCUGCUUCCCCAAAAACUGCUACAUCAAAGUCUGCAAAAAAUGGAAUCUCAAAGACUCCGAAAAGUACCAUAUUAAGACCGCCGAGGAGUGCGAUCUCAAAAUCCCCCAAAAGUGGACUUUUAAAGUCCCCAAAGAGGGCAAUUUCAAAGCUGACACAUAGUGCAAUUGCCAAGUCUCCCAAGAGUGCUUCACUUUGGAAGACAACAAAGUUAUCAACACCUGUUUCGAUUUCAAGUCCAUCAAAAAGUGCUUCUCCAAUGCGCUCAGAAUAUAAGAGUGGAUGGAAGAUAACAUCAAAGUCGUCAAAAUCUGUUCUGAUCUCAAGGUCCCCAAGUGCUGCUUCAUUGUAUUUUUCGUCACAAAAGAAAAGUCAGUGGAGGAUUACAACUAAAGAUCAGCGCCUGCAUAAGUUGGUAUUUGAGGAAGGUGGAUUGCCUGAUGGAAGCGAAGUGGCUUAUUAUGCCCGUGGACAGAAAUUGCUAGUUGGUUAUAAAAAGGGUUUUGGAAUAUUUUGCCGUUGCUGCAACACUGAGGUCAGCCCAUCGCAGUUUGAAGCUCAUGCGGGUUGGGCUACACGUAGAAAACCCUAUGCAUACAUAUAUACCUCCAAUGGCGUGUCUCUCCAUGAAUUAGCCAUAUCUUUGUCGAGGGGGCGCAAGUAUUCAGCUAAAGAUAAUGAUGACUUGUGCAUCAUUUGUGCAGAUGGUGGGAAUCUUGUUCUUUGUGAUGGAUGCCCUCGGGCCUUCCACAGAGAUUGUGCAUCUCUAUCAGGUGUCCCUCGUGGUGACUGGUACUGUAAGUUUUGCCAGAAUAUGUUUCAAAGGGAGAAGUUUGUGGAACAUAAUGAAAAUGCUGUCGCUGCCGGAAGGGUUGAAGGAAUUGAUCCUAUUGAACAGAUAACACAAAGAUGCAUCCGUAUUGUCAAAGACAUCGAAGCUGAACUUACUGGAUGUGUAUUAUGUAGGGGGUAUGAUUUUAGCAAAUCAGGAUUUGGUCCACGUACUAUUAUUCUUUGUGAUCAGUGUGAGAAGGAAUAUCAUGUUGGCUGUUUGAAGAAACAUAAAAUGGCAAACUUGAAGGAAUUGCCAAAGGGGAAAUGGUUUUGUUGCACAGAUUGCAGUAAAAUUCAAUCUAUUUUGCAAAAGUGUCUAUCAAGGGGAGCUGAAGAGCUCCCAGAAUCUCAUUUGGAUAUUAUGAAGAAAAAGCAUGAGGGAAACGGUUUGGAGACGGUCAAUGGUUUUGAUGUCAGAUGGAGACUUAUCAGUGGAAAAAUGGCUUCUCAGGAAUCUCGGUUAUUGCUUUCAAAGGCUGUUGCUAUCUUCCAUGAUUGCUUUGAUCCAAUAAUUGAUGCCGAAUCAGGGCGUGAUCUCAUUCCUGCCAUGGUUUAUGGAAGGAAUGUUAGGAGUCAAGAAUAUGGGGGGAUGUACUGUGCAAUUCUAAUGGUCAACUCAACUGUCGUAUCAGCUGCAAUUAUUCGUGUUUUUGGUCAAGAAGUUGCUGAGCUUCCUUUAGUCGCAACAAGUAGUGGUAAUCAUGGCAAGGGCUACUUCCAAUCAUUGUUUUCCUGCAUUGAGAAGCUGCUAGCCUUCUUGAGUGUGAAGAACCUUGUGCUGCCAGCUGCCCCAGAAGCAGAAUCCAUAUGGACGGAAAAAUUUGGUUUUACAAAGAUAGAUCCAGACCAGCUUAUCAACUACAGACGGACUUGCUACCAAAUGAUUACCUUCAAAGGAACAUCAAUGCUGCAUAAAAAGGUUCCUGAAUGUCGACUUGUAAAUACAGCAUGAUAGAUUUUUGCUUAUGCUCUAUGUUCGCUGAUGUUAAUUAUUUGCCAGCUCUCUGCUUCCAGUUCAUGGUUGUAAAAUUUUAUGAAUUGGAAUUGUCAAGCCUCUGCUGUUCUUCCUUCGAGCUGUGUCUCUGUUGUUCAUAUCAACAUAUUCAUUGACCUUCGGCUUAUUUUUUAAUCUAUUUAUUCUUUAGCUUCAGAAAGGCCUAAGGGGCUUACAUAUUGUUCCAUGCAUCCAAGGGUUCAAAAUUUCAAGUGACCUACUAGCUAGCAGGUAUUGGAUAAUACUUGUGGUGGUAUUAAGUUUCAUGGUAAUGGAUUACUAAAUUGGUGCUGGAUGAGUGGACAGAAUUUAUUAUAUAUGUUAGUUGUGAAUAAAUUAGUGAUGAAAUAAGA